GGUUUGUUCUCAAAUGGCUGUUCAUGUAGACAACGCAUGGCUACCCGAGGAGGUGUGGGGAAUAUUCUAAGGAUUUUUGCUCGGUUGCCAUCGUUUGGCAUUGAAAGACCGCGUCGUCUUCUGCCUGACAGACACGAAGAUCAGCAGUCCACCUCAGUUACCUACACAGUAGAGUCUGAUUCAAGAAUUUUAAGACUUCUUCGUCGUUUGACCUUGCAUCAAAGGGUGGGAAUGGACUUCCAGCAGCAUGAGAGUUCGCCCUUCAUGCCACCUGAAGCUGUGCGGGGAAUUCAGACACUUGAUCGUGAUCUGUUUUCAAGGUCAGUGUCUGUGCCAGCCUUGAGGGUCAAUGUCAGACAGAUUGGUGCCCUUACAAAAGGAAAACUACUGCAGCCAGUGAUUCUUAAAAUGCCUCGGAUCAAGCCCUUUGCUGAACUUGCAGCAACAGAUCCUGAGAGGAAAACUCACAAACUGCUUCUUCUUGACCCUCGCAAGUGCAAAAUCAUUGAUGAGUUUAGGCCUGACGAAGUGAAGUCUCUAAAUGAUCUUGGCAUUGAUGUGCAAAAUCGUGAGUGGUUUGAAAUUGAGUUAGGCUAUGACAACUGGACUUUAUCAGAUAUUUUGCAAGCAGUGCUGCCUGCUGGGUCCAAUGGUGUUUCUGGAUUCAGCAUUAUUGGCCACAUUGCUCACUUUAAUCUAAAAAUGGAAGUCAUGGACUACAAAUACCUCAUAGGCCAGGUGGUAUUGGAUAAAACUCCAUCUGUGAAGACAGUUGUCAACAAACUAAACACCAUCGACAAUACAUUCCGUAAUUUCCAAAUGGAGCUUUUGGCCGGAACAGAUAACUUUAUCACUCGUGCCAAGGAAAAUGGAUAUAUAUUUGAACUAGAUUUUUCUAAAGUGUACUGGAAUCCGAGACUAGGUACAGAACACCAGCGCGUAGUGGACCUCCUUCACAAGGGAGACAAUCUGUUUGACGUGUUUGCCGGAGUGGGACCCUUUGCUAUUCCUGCCGCUAAGAAGGGCGUUGCUGUUUUCGCCAACGACCUAAACCCCGAUUCUUACGCUGCUCUGGUCACGAACAUAAAACUAAACAAGGUUCCUUCGAGUGCCAUCACCGCAUACAAUCUGGACGGCAGGGCGUUCAUGAGAACAGUGCUGAAAACGCAUCUCAUUGACAGGCUCCAGAAGGUGGCAAAUGCGAUCAGAGUGGAUGACGAGACUACAAGUGGAUGCAAAGUCAGAGAUCACGUGACAGCAAGGGGCCUUGACAGCCCUACAAAGCAGUCAGAAAAUGAGUGCGAACCAGCUCAUGAAAUUCACCGCCCGGAUGACGUUUGCGUUGUACCCGGAAGUGACCUGCCGCCAGAUGCGUUUGGCAGGGUGUUCGUUGUCAUGAAUCUGCCGGCGCUGGCUGUGGAGUUCUUAGAUGUCUUCCCUGGUCUGUUGGCUUCAGUCCCUGAAAUGGUCAAGACCCAUCCUGCUAUUGCCGGGUGCUUGCCAACGUUAUUGUCGUAUGCCUUCAGCAAGAGCGACGAUCCUGAGGGAGAUGUUCGUGCGCGAGCCGAGAGGAUGCUAGGGCAACCACUUCCGGCAGGAGCCAUGGUGAGAAUGGUUCGUAAAGUUGCUCCCAACAAGGACAUGUUCUGCCUGGUCUUCCAGCUCACGCCCUCCAUUCUGUUCGAAUCUGUGGAAAACCAAGAGGAGCUAACCCCUUGCGGAGACAACCAGGAGCCAGUCGCGCUAGAUGAACCUUCGACCAAACGAAUGAAAAUCUCCUGAGAAGGGCUGACGGCAAGACGUGUGAGAGAAGCACAGAGCUGGCCAUCAUGACAUCAGGAUCACGUGACCGAAAGCUCGCAAACAUCGUCUUUAGAGUUGACGUCGUUUGUCGUCUUGGCCGGAUAAAGCAAGGGCUUAGGGUUAUGUCCAGCUAUGGACAUGACUCUAAAAUUUCGGCCUUUGCCGUUCUCACAAUGUCUGUUGUAAAGAGAGAAACUAACUUGUAUAUUACUUCGUUUUCGUGCCUGGGCUUCGAAGAUCUCUUUUACUGUUGAAAAAUGUACAAGUAUAUUUGUACAUGUGAUUAUUUCAAAUUUUAAAGUGCAUUGAGCAGGCUUGUGGGAAAGGAAGUGAGCUAUGCAGAAGACAGUAUUAACGGCAGAUGUAAAUAAAAUGCAAGAUCCUACACUGAAGCUCUUGUUUGAGUGGGUUGCUUUAACAGAACCAUGCUGUACUGGCUGGAGGUAUGCUGUGAAUGAUUCUUGUUCUAUCGUGUGAGACGACAGGCAGGCGUGAAAUAACACUGAUGAAGGAGAAGAGGAUUGCGUUAGUCGUCAUUAAGCUUAACUUCUUAUUAAUCUGAUCAGAUGAUCCUAUGUUCUAAAAGUGGUGUCAGUGGUACGCGGCAUGAGAAAGGUAUCUAGUAAAUGUAACAAACGAUAAAAGACAGGUGCAUAGUGAAUAACAUCAUCCCUUCCAUGCCACCCUUUACACAAUCCCACUUGCACCCGUCUAAGAAACAAAGGGUAUAUAGUAUCAUCAAGGAGAAAACAGCAAUCGCAACAUACUGCCUUUCAUACAUGUCUUUCAUCGGGGUGAUCAAGAUUUCUUGGUUUGUUGACUUUGCUUAAUGCUAUAUCAGAAAACAAUGAGCUAUUAUGGAGGUGAGCUCAGUGAACACUUUUCAUGUCUAGUGGGAAAUGGCGUGUGUCGGGGAGCGAGAUGUGAACCUGCCAACCACUAAGUUCAACGUAUAAGUGACGAAAACCUUACAGGUGUGCCACCAGAACGCACUCUUAAUCAUAAUCACCAACAAGUGAGUAGAAUACGGCCUGCACAGUGAAGAAUCCAAACGCGAACUCCAUUUUCUUAAAUCGAAGAAGAGAAUACCAGUGCGUAG